AUGUUAGGUCGCCCUUAUACCUCCUCUGUGUUGGCACUGCUGCUUGCGGCAUUGGGUUCAGCUACGGGUGCCACGGCGAAAAUUGCCACAAAAGCAUGCACCAGUGCCACCUUUGAAGGCCUCACUCUGCCUGAUAUCAAGAUUCUCUCCAUCGAUUCUGUUGUCGCUCAGACGGCUUGGCCAUCAUCAAGCGAUUUAGUCAACGCAUUCCCAAGCACCAAGGCCGGGACUGUGGAUGUCUGCCAACUGACUAUCACCUAUGCCCACGUCGGCCAAAAUGAUACAAUCAAUACGUGGGUCUGGCUUCCCAUCAACUCCUGGAAUGGCCGGUUUGUAGGGAUGGGUGGUAGUGGCUGGGUGACCGGUACGGCUAGUUCACUCGCUCAGCCUGUAUUCGAGGGCUACUCUGCAGCCUCCACCGAUGGCGGUCACUCAGCUGCAGCUAGUGUUGACUCAUGGGCACUCGAAGGUGGUGAUUUAAACUGGCUUCUUAUUGAAGACUUUAGUUCCACUACUCUGGAUGAGGCGUCUUCACUUGGAAAAGCUGCGUCGAAGUUGUUCUAUGGAUCUCUUCCAAAAUAUUCUUACUUCAACGGUUGCUCUACCGGCGGCCGCCAAGGCCAUAUGCUGGCUCAAAAGUUUCCAGCGCAGUAUGACGGGAUUUUGGCUGGAUCUCCUGCUAUCAACUGGGAUGAGUUUAUUCCCGCUCAGUAUUGGCCUCCAUUGUUGAUGCACAAGAUGGACUAUUAUCCAUCGCCAUGUGAACUGGAUGCUAUCACAAACUUUGCUAUCAAAUCGUGUGACAAGCUGGAUGGCGUCGAAGAUGGUAUUGUGUCUCUGCCAGGACUCUGUCGAUUUGAUCCUUUCACACUUGUCGGGAAGAAAAUCAGCUGUACAAACCCUAACGGUACAAUCACAUUAUCUAAUAAAAGUGCGCAGUUUGCAGCAGCUGUUUGGGCAGGCCCGACAGAUUCGGACGGAUCGUCACUCUGGUAUGGUCUGACCCACGAUGCGCCACUUACAGGCAUUGGUGGAACGAGCUGUUCUUCGUUGCAUGACUGUGUGCCUGCUCCUUUCUUCCUCUCGACCGACUGGCUCGCAACAUUCUUGUCGAAGAAUGCAGCUCGUGAUAUAUCCACAAUCAGCCUCGAAGAAUUCCGACAACUCUUCCAUACCUCCGUGACGGAGUUCCAAACCGUCAUUGGAACUCGAGACCCCAACCUCUCCGCGUUCAAGCAAUCCGGAAACAAAAUGAUUACCUGGCACGGCAUGAAAGACCCAUAUGCCAUGUAUAAUGGCACAGUGGACUACUACGACCGGGUUCGAGCUGUCGACCCCAAAGUUGCUGAUUACUAUCGUUUCUUUGCUGCUCCCGGCGUGGAACAUUGCAGUGGAGGACCCGGACCGUUCCCUGGUGAUGGACUCAAGGCAUUGGUUAAUUGGGUGGAGCAUGGAAAGGCCCCUGACACGUUGCUUGCCCUUGCGACACCUACAGCUACUGGGAGCGCCGAUCUAUCCACCAGGACGGCACGGUUGUGCCCUUAUCCACAUGUUUUGACUUAUUCAAAAGGCAAUCCCGACAAGGCUUCAUCCUACACAUGCAAAUAA